AUGGCUGGAAGAUUCUGCUUUUUCUCCUGGUUCCUGGUCUGCUGCCUGGUGGUCACUGUGGCAGAAGGGCAAGAAGGAAUCGCCACCCCUCCCGGAGGCUCCCACAACGAUGUGGACCCUACAAACUGCCAGAUCUUUACCCUUACCCCUCCUCCCGCCACAAGGAAUCCGGUGACAAAGAUCCAGCCCAUCACAAGGACCCCCAAAUAUUUCCCUAGGAGAAAUCACUGGAGGGGAAGUUCAUCCUCUGAGGAAAGCUGA